AGAUCUUUAGUUCCGCAGAGCGAUCAAGAAGGAAAUCUGGAAAAUGAAUUCACUGGCGCAGGAGAUAGAGGGAUUCUCCAAAGUACAUUUGAGGAAACAGAGCACCCGUGUGACAACGGUGACCGGGAGGAAACUGUUAGAGACGCGGAACGGUGAUGACUUUCACGUCGCGGAUGAUUUACAACAGGACAGUGACGCGGCUUGUGGGUUUGUGCAGGAUCUGAAUAUGGAUCUGCAAGUUGGCAUCAUCAGACCUUUCCUUUUACUCUCGUCACAGGAUGCUGCUCAUGACAUAGACACUUUAAAGAAAUAUAAGGUUACUCAUGUGCUGAAUGUGGCCUAUGGAGUUGAAAAUGCGUUCCCACAACUCUUCACAUAUAAGACUGUCACCAUAUUAGAUCUUCCAGAGACAGAUAUCACCUCGUACUUUCCUGAUUGUUUUGAGUUUAUAAACCAAGCCUCUCAGCAGGGUGGAGUGUUGUUGGUGCACUGUAAUGCCGGUGUGUCUCGCUCUGCUUCUGUUGUCAUUGGUUUCCUCAUGUCCCAGGAUAAGCUAUCAUUUGAAGAGGCAUUCAGUACUGUAAAAUCUGCCAGGCCAUACAUUCAACCAAACCCAGGCUUUAUGAACCAGCUAAAGAAAUACCAUCCAUGAUGCUACGCAUGUUAUCUCAGAUUUGAGGCAUACUGGAUUUUUUUAUACCUGUGUUUUACAUAAGACUUUUAUUAAUAAGGCGAUUAGUUGAAUCAAGUGUAUUAAAAAAACACACAGAAUGUGCUAUACAGUAAGAGUCGGACUGAAACAAUAUAUGCUAACAUAUUUUACAGUAUUUCUAUGUGAUUGGUUUAAAAUGUAUAUUCAAAUUAUUUUAUAUGUAUUUAUAAAGUAUUGUGCAAAAAUCUUAUGCUAACAUGACAUCAUAAGAUUUGUUGUUUUUACAAUGGUAUAGUGACCACAUGUAAUCAUUUCUCAUUUUCUUUAUUAGAAUACAAUCAGAAAAUACAGGAAAUUAUUUUCAGAAAAUUUGUAUGCAAACACCUUAUAAGCUAAAGUGUUUGGUUUGAGCUUCACGUAACACUUCAGCAAUAACAGGAACUUCGAGACUCUCUUAAACCUAAAUAAAAUUAAAUGAUUUCAAGACUUCAGUCUCCUGAAAAGAGUUUAAGAUGUGCAUAAUGCCAAGAGAGGUCACACUAAAUUCUUACAUUUGCCAAAAGUGUUUUUACAGUUUGUAAGGAACUUUAUUUUUCAUUUCUAAUUAAUGGAAACUUUAAUCUUGUUGUUGCAAUGCUGUUAAUAAAGGAACUUUGGACUUUAUUAAUUUAAGUAAAUUAUUAGAAAUCUGUAUUGUGAAACAUCUCUUUGAUAUUUCUUAGCUAUUUAGAGUAUGCUGUGCAUUUCUACAUUUUAGAAACUGCUCACAAUAUUAGACCAUUUAGUCACAUCUAUUGUGAAAGAUUUUAAAAAUAAAAAUCCAUAUAAUUGGUAUGUUGGUUACCUUGGCAUGUAAAGAUGUUAUAUAUCAUUCUAUUUGUGAUUUUUCUUGAAAAAAAUAGACCUGUGCCUAAGGAUUUGCUUUGAAGUAAAGUUCUCAGGAUUAAAAUAUUGUAUUCUUGCAAAAACGGCUUUGAAUUAAA